CGUCUGUCGGUCAUUGUUCUGCGUGAGCUAGCUAAUGUGCUAAAGGCUAACUAAGAAUACAGAGAGGUCUUAACUUUUUUGCAAGCAUAUAAGAUCGUUUGAAGUCUGAAAGGACAUUUGAGACCUUAUCAAAUCCACAAUGAGCAAGAGGAAAGCGCCACAGGAAUCACUAAACGAAGGAAUAACAGACUUUCUUGUGGAGCUGGCCAAUUACGAGAAAAAUGUCAACAGGGCAAUACACAAGUACAAUGCAUACAGGAAAGCAGCAUCUACCAUUGCCAAGUACCCUAACAAGAUCAGAAGUGGUGAAGAGGCCAAAAAACUGGAUGGUGUUGGAGCUAAAAUAGCAGAAAAGAUUGAUGAGUUUCUACAAACUGGCAAAUUACGGAAACUAGAAAAGAUCCGAAAUGAUGACACAAGCUCUUCCAUCAAUUUCCUCACCAGAGUUACUGGAAUUGGCCCUGCUGCUGCCAGGAAGUUUUUUGAUGAAGGGGUGAAGACAUUAGAAGAUCUGAAAAAGAUCGAGCACAAGCUAAACCAUCAUCAACAGAUUGGACUGAAGUACUUUGAGGAGUUUGAGAAAAGAAUUCCACGUGCUGAAAUGGAAAAGAUGGAGACACUGAUUCUUGGAGAGUUGAAGGAAAUUGAUACAGAAUAUAUUGGAACAAUCUGUGGAAGUUACAGGAGAGGUGCUGCAUCGAGUGGUGAUAUUGAUAUUUUGCUGACCCACCCAGACUACACCUCUCAGACUGAGAAGCAGCCCAAACUCCUCCAUGCUGUGGUCAACCAUUUGGAGUCCAUUGGCUUUGUGACUGACACUCUGUCCAAAGGAGACACCAAGUUCAUGGGAGUCUGCCAGCUGCAGCCGAGUGAUGAAGAUGAGGAAGAAUACCUUCACAGGCGCAUUGAUAUUAGGUUAAUUCCCAAGGACCAGUACUACUGUGGAGUUCUGUAUUUCACUGGAAGUGAUAUCUUCAAUAAAAAUAUGAGAACUCAUGCUCUGGAGAAGGGCUUCACUCUUAAUGAGUACACCAUACGACCACUUGGGGUCACUGGUAUGGCAGGGGAGCCUCUGUUGGUGGAUAGUGAGAGAGACAUCUUUGAAUACAUCCACUACAAAUAUAGAGAGCCAAAGGACCGCAGCGAGUGAAGUUACAGUUACAAAUGUAAUUAAGGCUACAGCUUUCCUGCAAACAAGCUCAGGAGCAUGGGUUUGUGUGUUAGUCUUUUAUAUACCAUUCAACUAUGUUACUGAAAAGAAAACAACUGUGACAGUCAUUGUAAUUAUCUGUUUUGGACAUUUGGACUGUUAAUGAAAUUUAAAACUAAACACAAGACCAUGUGUGUUUAGCACAACCAAAUUGUUAUUUUGUUUUGACCUUAAGUUUAAUCAUCCAUGGUUGUGUAUGAAGAUAUAUGGGCUCACAUUUUUAAGAAGGUUUUUAAAUCAUGCUCAACAGUAAUUUAUUCUAUUUAAAUUUUUUUACCACACCUGAAUACAUUUUAGUUUUUGAUAUUCCAGAAAAUUAUUUCAACAUAACCUGGGAAGAGCAGUCUUAAUGUGAACUAGCUUUUGUUACAAUUGUUACUCGUCCAUCAUGAACAAUGACGACUCUAUCAUCAACACUGUCAUGACAGUUGUGUAUUUAAACACUUUGGCUGAGUUCUGCCAAAGGUGUUUAUGGUGUAGUUGUUACACAUUGUUUGUUUUUUUUAAAUAAACUCUCCAUGGAAAUUUAAGCAUGUGUUAUGUAGUAGUAGUGCCAAUACAGGCAAACUAAUAAAUUAGGAAGAAGAAAUGCAAUGAUGCAAAUAAUAUUUGUGUUUAAUUGGCUAAGUGUCUAGUUAUAGACACUAAUUUUGGACAAAUUAUUUUCUUUUGUUUUCUUUAUAUUUCAUCAGUUUUUGAUUGGUGUGGGAAUAUGACUGUUAUACGUAGAGACUUGGAUCUAUUGCAUGUGGUUGUGUGAAAAUGAUAACGUGUGUAAGUUAGGGAAUUAUUUUAUCUUCAGUUUUUAGGGGGGCAUUUGAAAGCAGUAGAUAAAAGUAAUAAAGUUAACCAGGUACCUGGAUACUGCUACAAUGUAUCUUGUGAUUUUAAUCUGUAACACAGAACCUGAACAUUAGUCUAUUUAAGAAAAAAAACUAUUUAAAACAGUGGGGUUGUUAACCUCCAACUGUUAAGUUUGUUUAUGUAGGAGUAAAAUAAAUGAUAGUGUAAAAAUGUUA